UUCCAUUCCAUUCCCUCCAUAAAAUCAAACAAUUGCCAUUGCAAUGCAUUUGCAAAUCUCUCAUACCAUAGAGAGUAGUUGAUGAUUAAUUGUGUGUGAAUUGGGGAUUUGUGUUUGAUUAGUUUGUGAGGGAUGAAGUUUGGGAAGAGGCUCAAGAAGCAGGUGGAGGAGAGCCUCCCGGAGUGGAGGGACAAGUUCUUGGAGUACAAGCGCCUCAAGAAGCUCGUCAGGCUCAUCUCCUCCUCCGGCUCCGGCGAUGGCGGCCGCGGCGAGGCGGCUUUCGUGCGGCUGCUCGACGGCGAGGUCGACAGGAUCAACGCCUUCUUCCUCGAGCAGGAGGAGGAGUUCGUCAUCCGGCAGAGGGAGCUGCAGGAGACGGUGGAGAAGGCGGCCGCCGGCGGCGGCGGCGGAGGACGGCGACCGGCGCCGGACGCGGCGGAGAUGAGGAGGGUGAGGAAGGAGAUCGUGGACUUGCACGGGGAGAUGGUGCUGCUGCUCAACUACAGCGCCGUCAACUACACAGGCUUGGCGAAGAUCCUGAAGAAGUACGACAAGCGCACCGGCCGCCUCCUCCGGCUGCCGUUCAUCGAGAAGGUGCUCCGGCAGCCCUUCUUCACGACGGAGCUCAUCUCGAGGCUCGUCCGCGACUGCGAGGCCACCAUGGACGCCGUCUUCUCCUCCUCCUCCUCCUCCACCGUGGCAGCAACGACGGCGCCGGCCGGUGACCGGCGGACGAGGAAAGCGUUCACCGACGUCGACGCCGGCGUGGCUCCGAUGGCAGACCGGCAGGGCAUCUUCCGGAACACCGUCGCCGCGCUGGCGACGAUGCAGGAGCUCCGGAGCGGGAGCUCGACGUACGGAUGGUUCUCGCUGCCGCCGAUGGCGGCGCCGCCGGCCUCGCCGGACUCCGGCGUGCUGCAGUCCAUUGAUCGCCGAUCCGAUACUCAUCUGAAGGAGAAUGGAAGCAUCCGUCACGCCCCCAUUGCCUCAACAGUCUACACUCAAAAUGCUGCAAUGAUUUGA